GCCCUCAUCCCCCGACCAUGAGUUCACCAAGCUACUCUCCUCCUGAUGAAGAGGAGGAGGAGGUCUGCUGGACGGAGAAAGAGGGUCUGUGGCUGAAUGUUGUCGUGAAAGAGGAGAAUGAAGAGGAGGAUGUUACAGUAACAAAAGUAGAGGAAGUGCAGGUUGUUACAGUGAAAGAGGAAGAGGAGGUUACUGUUUUGGGAGUGAAGGAGAAGGGAGAGAUAACUGUCACAUUGGACGAGGAAGAGACAGGAGGUCGGAUUAACACCAGAGAGAGACGUGACUACCGUGGAUCCUCUGGGGAUCCUCAACAACAUCAUGAUGCUGUGGAGAAAGUGAAGAGUCUCUCCACAUCCAGAUCAAAACACCUGAAGAAACACCAGCGGAGACCCAAAACGAAAACUCACUGCUGCUCUGACUGUGGGAAGAGUUACUUAAGAUCAGAUUCACUGAAACUACACCAGAGAAGUCACACUGGAGAGAAACCUUUUUGCUGCUCUGACUGUGGGAAGAAAUUCACCUCCUCGGCAGACCUUAAAAGACAUCAGAGAAUCCACACAGGAGAGAAACCUUUUAGCUGCUCUGACUGUGGAAAGAGUUUUGUUUCGUCAGGACAUUUAAAAUCUCACCAGAGAACACACAAAGUAGAGAAACCCUAUAGCUGUACUCAAUGUGGGAAGAGUUUUACUCACUCAAGCAGCUUGAUAGUACACCAGAGAACACACACAGGAGAGAAACCUUAUAACUGUGAUCAAUGUGGGAAGAGUUUUCUUUCAUCUGGUCGUCUGACAAUACACCAGAGAACACACACAGGAGAGAAACCUUACAGCUGUGAUCACUGUGGGAAGAGUUUUACUACAUCUAGCCAGCUGACUUUGCACCAGAGAACACACACAGGACAGAAUCCUUAUAGCUGUACUCAAUGUGGGAAGAGUUUUACUCAGUCAAACAGCCUGGUAUCACAUCAGAGAACACACACAGGAGAGAAACCUCAUAGCUGUGAUAAAUGUGACAAGAGAUACUCUGAUAAAAGAUCUCUGAUAAAACAUCAGAAAAUACAUAGUUGAAGAAGUUGUUUCAUGAUAUAAAUGAAAUGAUGUCACAAUGUAGAAUGUUUUAACAUUGUAGAGGGAGUAUUUUCAUGAUGUCACAAUGUAGAAUGUUUUAAGAUUGUAGAGGAAGUAUUUUAAUGAUGUCACAAUGUAGAAUGUUUUGACAUUGUAGAGGAAGUAUUUUAAUGACGUCACAAUGUAGAACCCUAAAUGUUUGUCCUCUGUUCUAUUGAUUUCAACAUGAUAUGGAUAUUAGCCUCAGGGGGGAAAUCUAGGCCUGAAUUGGUCACAAAAAGUGACUAACAAAAAAAUAGUUGUUCCACUUACCACGUUGGUGACCCACCUCACCCCAAAAUGUCAUUAAAAAGAUGCCCGAAGACCAAUAUAUGUUCGGUUGAAAGUGAAAGUUGAGAUGUCUUUUCAGGUCGCUUUUUUUCAAUGACUUGAAAACAACUUAAUUUCAACGUACUUGCAGCCUGGACGCAGUAUAAUAAAUUGAGUCUAUAAUCAAUUUUAUUAACAAUCUGACAUCACUCCAGUAUGUUUUGACAACAUUCAAGUGCUAAUGGUCUUUAUUCCACUACUGAAGAAGCAAGAAGCAAAUCACCUCAUAUUUCAAACAUUCAGCCUGACAAAAUAUACAUGUUUUAUUAUUCCAUGCCUCACCAUUAAGUGAAGUAUUGCCAAUACAUAUUAACAAAGCGGUGUACAUUUGGUUUUGAUAAUUCAUAUUUACAAUUAUGUAACAUUUAGUAAUCAUAGUUAUUCAUGCAACCAACUGACAGUUGGAGGUGUGAUGUAGUUAAGGGAGAUGGAGGUGUGUUCUUGUGGGUCUGGGCAGGUUUGAUGUAGUUAAUGGAGAUGGAGGUGUGUUCUAGUGGGUCUGGGCAGAUGUGAUGUAGUUAAUGGAGA